CAGAGAGAAAGAGAGUUGGUGGGAGGGAGCCGAUCCAUCGACAGAUGGAAAAAGGGAAGGGAGAGUAGGCGGGCGCGGUAGGUGAAGGAUUGCGACGUUUGGCUUUUGUUCACACUUCCACCCACUUAUAUAGGAGAGGAUCCCAAUCCUUCCUUUCUUGUCCAACAUUCCUCAAAAUCCUCCAAGAAAAAAAAAGCAAAAAUCCCUCCAUCCAGGUUUCUUUCAAGAUGAAAAUCAACAUCCGGGACUCGACCAUGGUCCGGCCGGCCGCCGAGACCCCCUCCACUUACCUAUGGAACUCCAACGUGGACCUGAUCAUCCCAAGAUUCCACACCCCCAGUGUCUACUUCUACAGGCCCACCGGCUCCUCCAAUUUCUUCGACCCCGAGGUCAUGAAGGAAGCCCUCUCCAAGGCCUUGGUCCCCUUCUACCCCAUGGCCGGCCGCUUGAAGAGGGACGACGAUGGUCGUAUCGAGAUCGACUGCAACGCCGCCGGCGUUCUCUUCGUCGUCGCCGAUACUCCCUCCGUCAUCGACGACUUUGGGGACUUCGCUCCCACCCUCAAUCUCCGCCAGCUUAUUCCCGAUGUUGAUCACUCCCCCGGCAUUCACUCCUUCCCGCUUCUCGUUCUCCAGGUGACCUUUUUUAAAUGCGGUGGAGCUUCCCUCGGGGUUGGCAUGCAACACCAUGCCGCCGAUGGUUUCUCUGGUCUUCAUUUCAUCAAUACUUGGUCCGAUAUGGCCCGUGGUCUUGACCUUACCAUUCCACCCUUCAUUGAUCGUACCCUCCUCCGCGCUAGGGACCCUCCUCAGCCAGCGUUCCAUCAUGUUGAGUACCAGCCUGCCCCCAGUAUGAGGAUCCCUCUCGAUCCCUCCAAAUCAGGCCCUGACAAUACCACCGUCUCCAUUUUCAAAUUAUCACGCGACCAGCUUGUUGCUCUCAAGGCUAAAUCCAAGGAUGAUGGCAACACCGUAAGCUACAGCUCAUACGAGAUGUUGGCUGGUCAUGUGUGGAGAUCCGUAGGCAAGGCCCGUGGGCUUCCAGACGAUCAAGAGACCAAACUCUAUAUUGCUACUGAUGGAAGGUCAAGACUGCGCCCGCAGCUUCCCCCUGGUUACUUUGGCAACGUCAUUUUCACUGCAACACCACUCGCCAUUGCAGGGGACCUGCUGUCAAAGCCUACAUGGUAUGCUGCAGGACUGAUUCAUGAUGUCUUGGUUCGCAUGGACGAUAACUAUCUCAGGUCUGCUCUUGACUACCUGGAGAUGCAGCCUGAUCUGUCUGCCCUGGUCCGCGGUGCACAUACCUACAAAUGCCCAAAUCUGGGGAUCACAAGCUGGGUCAGAUUACCCAUUUACGAUGCAGACUUUGGUUGGGGUCGUCCCAUCUUUAUGGGACCUGGUGGCAUCCCGUACGAGGGUUUGUCGUUUGUUCUACCAAGUCCUACAAAUGAUGGCAGCUUAUCCGUGGCCAUUGCUCUCCAGUCUGAACACAUGAAACUGUUUGAAAAGUAUUUGUACGAGAUAUGACAGAGGCAAGCCACAGAAAAAUCUCUCUCCUCACUUAGGAUGCUGUGGAAACUCCUUCCCUUUUUGCUUGUUGUCGCAGAUUCAUUAUCCUGUCUUUUAGAGGGUACAACAAAUCAUGCCCACAUAAGUUGUGCUUAUGGUCUGUAACGUAACAUUUGGACGGUCAUAUACAAACUUUUAAUUGCUUUAUGUUUAUACUGUUGAUAAGUGUUGUUCUAUGACACAUGCCUUGAUUGUUGGCUAUCUGAUUUUGGUUGUGUU